AUGAGUCUAACAAUCAGAGCCCCUAGUGUAGAUUAUAGAAACACUUUGGGACUUUGUGGCACCUUUGAUGAAAACCCCGAAAAUGAUUUCCAUGACAAAAAUGGGAUCAAAAUUGAUCAAACUUUUAAUAAUUAUUUUGCUUUUAUUAAUGAAUGGAGGAUUUUGCCAGGAAAAAGCAUGUUUGACACAAUGCCAAUAUCUCUGCCAUCGCCUGGAAAACUAUCCUAUUGUAGCUGCUCCUUGGACACCACUUCACCCUACCCGUCUUCUAAUCAUCUGGCUCGUGUUUCUCAAGCAGACAUUGCUUCCGACUGCAAAGUCCUCACAGGUGUCAAAUUCUCUUCCUUGAUACCAGAAGUGGAUGUCACUUCUAAAUAUAUUAAUUCAGAAGCUCUUGUCAGAGAGAUCAACAAGCAUACCUCUCGAGAAGAAAGUAAUUCAAAUUUCUUUCCUCAAGACAAAAAGCACGUGAACCUACCCAAACUGGAUUUAAAUUUACAAAAAUAUCCUAAGAAUGAGAAACAAGAUGUUCCAAAAACUUUGGACAAUGGGAUACACACACAGGACCAGGAUAGAAAGAGUCAAAAAAAAUGGUGGCAUCGACAAAACAGAUGGAAACGGCAAAACAUUUAUGAGUUUCUUCCUUUGCUUGCUUUCCAAAGUCUCAGACAGAAGGAUGUAAAAGAGCUUACUUAUUUUUUCCCUGAGGACCAUACUGAGGAUGUCCAGCAAGAGUUUGUCCCCAAAUGGCCUACACCCUCUGGCCUAACGGAACACAGCACGUUGAAACUCUGUCAGCGGACUCUAGCCAACUCCAGCAUAGGAAGGCGCUGUCUCGCCUUUCUUGGCAAGACACUAGACAGUGUUAUAGAUAUGUGCGUUAAGGAUGUUCUCCUAAAAGAUGAUCGCAGCUGGGCAGGAGCAGGUGUGGCCCUUUUAGAAAAUGAAUGUGAAAGGAGAAUUUUGGAAGAGGGUAAAUAUAACACAGAAGAAUAUGGCAAAUCAAUUGAAGACAUUCUCUUAGUAUUAAAAUGCCCCAAUUUGUGCAGUGGCAAUGGGCAGUGUAUGCAAUGGGGAUGCAUGUGUUCCCCAGGCUUUGGUUCCUAUGACUGCAGUGAUUCACGUG